AUGGGCGAAGUUGUUGCUUUCUCGCCGCUGGACCCGGAGAUUUGGCGACCUCGCCUGGCGCGGAGAGCGUGUGUCGUGAGGCCGCUGGCCCGCUCCACCCGCAAUCUGGUUCGCAGUCGGCCCAGGCCCCGGCGUGCCUCGUGGGCCAACUCGAAUGUGCCCCGACCGCUACACAACCGCGUCGUGGCUCUCUGGCGCCACUCGGACGCGCACUCCCGCUUAGCAGGCUCUCUCUUUUAG